AUGAGCCUGAAUCCAAACGUAGGCUCUCCAGCGAAGAAGUUCAAGUCCCAGCGUUCCACGAGGAAGGUGAUGCUCACCGUUUUUUGGGGGCAUAUGCAAGGCCCAAUCACCAUUUCAUUCCUUGAGAAAGAAAGCACUUCUCUUCAUUAUCUAUCUAUCUAUCUAUCUCAGUCUGUUCUGAUCUAUCUAUCUAUCUAUCUAUCUAUCUAUCUAUCUAUCUAUCUAUCUAUCUAUCUAUCUAUGCUAUCUAUCUUCUAUCUAUCUCUCUUUCUCUCUCUCUCUAUAUAUAUAUAUAUAUAUAUAUAUAUAUAUAUAUAUCUUACCAAAUCUAUCUAUCUAUCUAUCUAUCUUUGUUUGUUUAUAUCUAUCUAUAUAUCUAUCUAUCAUAACGUCUUUCUUUUCAAAUCUAUCUAUCUAUCUAUCUAUCUAUGUUUGUUUAUAUCUAUCUAUAUAUCUAUCUAUCAUAACGUCUUUCUUUUCCAAUCUAUCUAUCUAUCUAUCUAUCUAUCUCUGUUUAUAUCUAUCUAUAUAUCUAUCUAUCAUAACGUCUUUCUUUUCAAAUCUAUCUAUCUAUCUAUCUCAGUUUAUAUCUAUCUAUAUAUCUAUCUAUCUAUCAUAAUGUCUUUCUUUUCAAAUCUAUCUAUCUAUCUUUGUUUGUUUAUAUCUAUCUAUAUAUCUAUCUAUCAUAACGUCUUUCUUUUCAAAUCUAUCUAUCUAUCUAUCUUUGUUUGUUUAUAUCUAUCUAUAUAUCUAUCUAUCAUAACGUCUUUCUUUUCAAAUCUAUCUAUCUAUCUAUCUAUCUAUCUAUCUAUCUUUGUUUGUUUAUAUCUAUCUAUAUAUCUAUCUAUCAUAACGUCUUUCUUUUCAAAUCUAUCUAUCUAUCUAUCUCUGUUUAUAUCUAUCUAUAUAUCUAUCUAUCAUAAUGUCUUUCUUUUCAAAUCUAUCUAUCUAUCUCUAUUUAUAUCUAUCUAUAUAUCUAUCUAUCAUAAUGUCUUUCUAUUCAAAUCUAUCUAUCUAUCUAUCUCUGUUUAUAUCUGUCUAUAUAUCUAUCUAUCAUAA